AUGCACCAUCAUUCCAAACGACGCCGUUUCACCAACGACGCUCAAUUCUCAAACAGGCUGGAUGGAGGCCCUUCCGGCCUGUCAUCUCCACAGUACGCGAAUGCCAUGACCGCCAACUGGCCAUCCAACCCGCAACAGGGCCACGCUCCUGCAUAUACACCCUCCGAUUCCACCGACGGCCUUACAUUUGCCUCCCCGCUUGGCGCCUCCAGUUGGGGCCACGACGGAUUCUCCCAUGAUCCGGGAUUCCUUGCAUCGCAGGAAGAGCUGCGGUGCAUGCUGUUCACGAUCGCCCACUCCGCCGCGACGACACGGGCACCGAGCCCGGACGAACAUGAGCAGGAUACAGACGCGCCGACGGGCGGGGAACAACUGCCUUUGCGACCGACGCUAUCUAAUGCACGUCGAGUCCAGUACCUGAAAAACUAUGUGGGACAGGUUGCCCCAUGGGUGAGUGGCACUUUUGAGGCUUUGACGUCGAUGCGACCGUGA